AUGGCUCGUAAACCGGAACUGCAGAUUCUUAAUCCACCGAGUGACGUAAUUUCGGCGGUGAAAUUUGCUCCCAAAACGAACCAAUUCCUGCUCGUUUCGUCGUGGGACACCAGCGUCCGGUUGUACGAUGUUGUCAACAAUACGCUGCGGCACAAAUUUUUCCACUCGUCGCCAGUGCUGGACUGCACAUUCAUGGAUUCCGUGAAAACGGUCAGCGGUGGGUUGGACAACUCGGUGAUGCUGUACGAUUUGAACACGCACAACGAGAGCAUCCUUGGCACGCAUGAUGCCGCCGUGAAGUGCGUCGAGUAUGCGGGUAUGGUGAAUGGCAUCCUCACCGGUAGCUGGGACCGCACGGUGAAGAUGUGGGACGCACGUGGUAAGGAAUGCGUCGGCACGUACGACCAAAGCGCGGGCAAGGUGUACGCAAUGAGCUGCAUCGAAGAGCGGCUCGUUGUGGCCACCUCCGACCGUAAGGUGCUGAUCUGGGACCUGCGACACAUGGGCAACUACAUCGCGCGGCGCGAAUCCUCACUCAAGUACCAGACACGCACCGUCCGAUGCUUCCCGAACAAGGAAGGCUUCGUGAUGAGCUCGAUUGAGGGCCGUGUGGCGUUGGAGUACUUCGACCCGAGCCCGGAAAGUCAGAAGAAGAAAUUCGCCUUCAAGUGCCACCGGGUGAAGGAAAACGACAUCGAGCGCAUCUACCCGGUUAAUGCAAUUAGCUUCCACAACGUGUACCACACCUUCGCCACCGGUGGUUCCGAUGGCUUCGUGAACAUAUGGGACGGAUUUAACAAAAAGCGCUUGUGCCAGUUCCACAUGUACGACAGCUCGAUAUCCAGCUUGUGCUUCAGCGACGACGGUAGCGCCUUGGCGAUCGCUUGCUCGUACAUGGACGAGGCGGAAAACCCACCCGAGCCCUACCCGGAACCGACCGUCUACGUGCGGUACGUGAGCGAGCAAGAAACGCGACCGAAGUAAGCCACACUAGCUGGUUGCACUGUAAUUGUGUUUCGGAUUUUGGAUUAAGCUUAGUUUAGUAGAUUUUUAUCAAUGGGUUGAACGCGGGCUACAGAUU